AAAGCAGGAGAAAAAAAGAUGCCAUUUAAAAAGAAGAAAAACAAAAAGCAACCCAUCUCUUUUUUACAGUCCAUGUUGGAGGUUUGUGCCUUAAUGUUUUAUUUGUUCCACAGAGAUGUAGAUUUUCCUUGGGAGAUUUGGGGAGGAUGGUUGUUUUUAAUUAAACAAGGAAAAAAAAUGCAGCAAAAACGAAAAAAAAUUUAAAAAACAGUAAAAAGAGAACCAAAAAGGAAAAAAAAAAGCACACAAAACCAAAACCCCGGUAACUGAAGCUGCAAUCAAAUAGUCCGGAUCACACAAUUCAUUGCAACAAAAAAGAGAGGACAAAUUAGUUCAAGUGAAAUGGCAGGGCUUUGCUGUAGAUCCGGGAGGAGGGAUCAGCUCCUUUAUCCCACCAAACACCACCAUCUUUUUUUUUUCUUUCUUUUUUUUUUUUGUGUGCUUUGUGUUGAGGAGCUUUAUUUAAAGCCAAGCCAGGGCUGCCAAAGCCGCUCCUGGGUUUCAUGUUGAUGUAUCUCUUUUCCCCCCUGCACACGCCGCAUCCUUGCGCAUCCUCUUGCUUUUAUUGUGUGCUCUGUUGCUUGCUCUCUUUUUUUUUUUUGGAUUGGUGUCGGGUUUUUUUUUUUCCCUUCCUGCUGCGGGUAUAAAGGGAUUUUUUUUCUCCUUUCCCCGGCUUGGUUGCUUAUUCCAGAAGUUUCUACGGGGGAGGGGAGCACCCACUGCGGAGCCUUUGCCGCAGCGCCGGGCAGGCGUGGUCACUGCCGCCGGGGGAGGAAGAGGAGGAUGCAGAGGAAACACCACCUCUCCUGCCUUCCCUCCCUGCCUGGCAGCCUCUUUCCAAGCCUUUUCCUCUUGCUCGUUUUCCCUAUCCUUGAAAAUGGUGCUGGGAGAUGUAUAAAGGGUUUUUUUGGUGGGUUUUCUGGUCGGGGUUUGGGGUUUUUCGCCCCCCUCCCCCUUUGCUAAAUAAAUGACAAGCAGAGCUGUCUCCUGAUGGAGAUGGAUGAGGCACGGCUGGCAGCAGAGGGGUUGCUCGCUUGCUGCUGCAGCCUUGAUCUGGCGUAGCGAGGGCGCCGGCGGCAGAAGUGACCUUUCCCAGGCGGUGGGAGGGAGGAAAGGAAGGAAGGAGGAGGGGGAGGGAGGAGGAGAGAGAGGCUUUCCCCCUGCCCCGACAUGCUCCCGCUUGGAAUUUCUUUUAAAUAGCAGGGUUGUUAUUUUUUAUGUCCUUUCUACCCUUAAAGAACAGCUUGCUUUUCAGUGAUUUGAUUUUUUUUUUUCCCUUGGUAGCCAUGAGUUGAAGCUUCCUCAUUGAGGGUUUGUUUUUUUUGUGUGUGUGUGUUUUGAAUUGUGUUUAAAAUUGCCCAGCUGGAGACAAGUCUUGAUUAGAGCCAGAACAAUAGCUCUGUUUUAUUAAUAAUGGGAAGGAUUUAUAAUCCUACAGCACCUUCCUUGGAAGGCUUUCAAAGUCAUUUGCAAACACUCACAAAUUUCAGAUCUCACAGCCCUUGGCUGUGAAGUGGGGAAAUAAGAGGAUUGUUUGUGUAACCCCUCUGCACAGCAGAUACCUUCUUUGGAUGUGUUGGUUUGGAGAUACACCUCAUGCUCAUCGGAGCCCUUCCAGAGGGAUGGUGGACCAAGGAGAUGGCCCUUCCAGAUGUUUCCAUGUUUUCCAGCUUGGCACAUCCUGCAGGACUUGGAGUUACUGUGGGUUUUUUGGCACUUGAGGACAAGCAAAUGAGAAUUACCUUUUGAAGGUUGAACUUUUACCACCGUCUGCUUUGGACUGAGGAGUCAGUAGAAGUACAUCCAUGAGAUUUCCAAGCUAAACAAAAACCUCAAUUUCCAGUGACAAAAAGGAGUGACAGAAACCUCCACUUGUCUUCUGUAAAGGAGGAAACCAGGGUCUCUCAAGCUUUCCAGUUAUCCAGAAGAGUUAAAAAGCUGCAUUGUGAGACCUGCAGAGGUAAAAUGAAAGGCAAAGCUAACCAAGAAACUCUUCUCCUUCACCGUAUUGCUGGAGAGGUUUUUUGAGUGCAGCAAGUCUCAAUGCACAAGAGCAAUAACCAUGCAAGAGCACAUUCAUCCUGCUCUGUGUAAAACACCAAGUUGCUUCAGUAUCUAAACAGUGUCUGAUGAAACAAAAGCUCUCCCUGUCUUGGAAUUUAUCUUGUGCUGGUCAAUCUGAUGAAGAGCAGCCUUUAGCUCACAGGCCAAAAAAAUAGGUAUUUCUAAUAUGUCUACUCUACAGUGACCAAGAGUAAGCUCCUUUGCAGUCCUGUGAUGGCACACGGUGUACAGGUUGCUUGGCUCAGCUGUAGCACUGUCCUCUGCUGCUGAAGAAACGUCUGGUUUUGCAUUGCAAAGUAUUUUGAAAACAGAAAUGAGCUUUUAUUUAUAUACAAAUGGGUUCAGAGCCGCGUUGACUCCUGCUGCAGAAGGUAACUGGUGCUAACCCACUGUGGCAGCUUUCAGCCCAGCGUGGUGUGGAUUAAAACACCACCGUGAAGAUGGGGGAGAGCAUCAGAGAGGAAAGUACUAAACCUGAAAGGAAUUCUCUGGACAGCACCAUCACAUCCCGAAGAUUUGGAGCACUGACCCUCCAAGAGGAAAGAACCGACAUCAAGCACUUGAUUGCUACAAAUCCUACACUUUGUGUGGCUUAGGAUCCAGAGCCAGGCUUUGUGCUCAAAGCGUUAUCAGCGUUGUAAGCCGAUAUCCUCUGUCUUGGCAACAAAUGAGUCCAGAUAUCAAACAGCACCAGUUUCUUCUUGGAGAAAAUUAUCCAUUGCAUAAAAGAUAUGGACGUGUCGAAAGCGUCAAAAUACUCCCAAAGAGGGGGUCAGAAGGCGGGGUGGCAGCGUUUGUGGAUUUUGUGGACAUCAAAAGUGCGCAGAAGGCACACAACUCUGUCAACAAAAUGGGAGAUAGAGACCUACGGACGGAUUAUAAUGAACCAGGAACCAUUCCCAGCGCGGCUCGGGGAUUGGAUGAUACAGUUUCCAUAGCAUCUCGUAGUAGAGAGGUUUCUGGGUUCAGAGGAGGUGGCGGGGGGCCCACUUACGGCCCCCCCCCAUCGCUUCAUGCACGAGAAGGACGUUAUGAGCGGAGACUUGAUGGGGCUUCAGAUAACAGGGAGCGUGCUUAUGAACAUAGUGCCUAUGGACACCAUGAGCGGGGGACGGGAGGAUUUGAUCGGACGAGACAUUACGAUCAGGAUUACUAUAGAGAUCCUCGAGAGCGGACUUUACAACACGGGCUCUAUUAUACUUCUCGGAGUCGAAGUCCAAACCGUUUUGAUGCUCAUGACCCCCGUUAUGAACCUAGGGCCCGGGAGCAGUUUACAUUGCCCAGUGUGGUACACAGGGAUAUCUACAGGGAUGAUAUUACACGGGAGGUACGAGGCCGAAGGCCGGAGAGGAAUUACCAGCACAGCAGGAGUCGGUCGCCACAUUCGUCCCAGUCCAGGACCCAGUCCCCGCAGAGGUUGGCCAGCCAGGCGUCCCGACCCACUCGCUCCCCCAGCGGCAGCGGAUCCAGGAGCAGAUCUUCCAGCAGCGACUCCAUCAGCAGCAGCAGCAGUACCAGCAGCGACAGCAGUGACUCCAGCAGCAGCUCGAGUGACGAGUCCCCAGCACGGUCAGUGCAGUCGACGGCCGUCCCAGCGCCCGCGGCCCAGCUGCUUCCGUCUCUGGAGAAGGAUGAACCCCGCAAAAGCUUUGGGAUCAAGGUUCAAAAUCUUCCAGUGCGCUCAACAGAUACAAGCCUUAAAGAUGGACUUUUCCAUGAAUUCAAGAAGUACGGGAAGGUGACGUCAGUGCAGAUUCACGGGGCUUCUGAGGAACGGUAUGGCCUGGUGUUCUUCCGACAACAGGAGGACCAGGAAAAAGCACUAAAUGCCUCCAAAGGAAAACUUUUCUUUGGCAUGCAGAUUGAAGUCACAGCCUGGAUAGGACCAGAAACAGAAAGCGAGAAUGAAUUUCGUCCUUUGGAUGAGAGGAUAGAUGAGUUUCACCCAAAAGCAACAAGAACUCUCUUCAUUGGCAACCUGGAGAAAACAACCACCUACCAUGACCUCCGCAACAUCUUUCAGCGCUUUGGUGGGAUAGUGGAUAUUGACAUUAAGAAAGUGAAUGGUGUUCCUCAGUAUGCAUUCCUGCAGUACUGUGAUAUUGCAAGUGUGUGUAAAGCAAUUAAGAAGAUGGAUGGGGAAUAUCUUGGAAACAACCGGCUCAAGCUGGGCUUUGGGAAGAGCAUGCCUACAAACUGCGUGUGGUUAGAUGGGCUUUCUACCAACGUUACGGAUCAGUAUUUAACUCGACAUUUCUGCCGAUACGGGCCUGUGGUGAAGGUGGUGUUUGACCGCUUAAAAGGCAUGGCCCUGGUUCUCUACAAUGAGAUUGAAUAUGCACAAGCAGCUGUAAAAGAGACCAAGGGGAGGAAAAUCGGUGGGAAUAAAAUUAAGGUGGACUUUGCCAAUCGAGAAAGUCAGUUGGCAUUUUAUCAUUCCAUGGAGAAAACGGGUCAAGAUAUCAGAGACUUCUACGAAAUGCUGGCAGAAAGAAGCAGAGAUGAACGAAGAGGAUCUUACGAAUACGCCCCUGAUCGUACUUACUACGAGACUGUCCGGACUCCGGGGACGUAUCCCGAAGAUCCUCGCCGGGAAUACCCAGCUCGAGGCAGGGAGUUCUACGCAGAGUGGGAUCCCUACCAAGGAGACUACUACGACCCCCGAUACUACGACGACCCCCGCGAGUACAGGGAUUACCGGGGCGAUCCCUACGAGCAAGACAUAAGGGAGUACAGUUACAGGCAGCGGGAGAGAGAGAGGGAGAGGGAACGAUUCGAAUCCGACCGGGACAGAGACCACGAACGGAGACCGAUCGAAAGGAGCCAAAGCCCGACUCACUCACGGCGCCCGCAGAGCCCCGGAGCCUCUCCCUCGCAGUCGGAAAGGCUGCAGAGCGAUUCCGAGAGGAGGAUUUACAGCAGGUCCUCGGAUCGCAGCGGCAGCUGCAGCUCUCUGUCACCUCCACGAUACGACAAGCUCGAUAAAGCCCGCGUGGAACGUUACGCCAAGAACGAGAAGGCGGAGAAGGAGCGAGUGUUCGACCAGGAGAGGGUGGAGAAGGAGAAGCGCCUGGUGAGGAAGGAGAAGCCGGAAAAACUAGAGAAGGAGAAACCCGACAAGCAAAAACGAAAAGCCAAAAUCCACUCGCCCAGUUCUCAGUCUUCUGAAACGGAUCAAGAGAACGAGAGAGAGCCCAGUCCUGAAAAACUGAAGGGCAACAGCAAGCAGAGUAAAGAGAGAGGCGACAAAGAAGGGACGGCUAAAAACCGCCUGGAACUAAUGCCCUGCGUCGUGCUGACCCGAGUGAAAGAAAAGGAAGGGAAGGUUAUUGAUCAGCCUGCUCUGGAGAAACUGAGGGCGAAGCUGGAUAAUGACACGAUGAAGUCUCCGCUUCUUGAACAGAAAACGCAGACAUCUCAGGCUGAGCAAACCAAGUCUGAUCAGUCCAAACUGGAACCUGUCCGAACCAAGGUACAAAAAGAGAAAGCCCUUGCCAGUCACAUAGAGGUGGUGGACAAGGAGGGGAAACUGAAGCCCAAGAAACACUUGAAGACAGAGCAAACUUCUGAGGGGGCCAACGCGGUAGAUUUAGACAAGUUGGAGGCUCGUAAAAGACGUUUUGCCGAUGCAAAUCUGAAGGCUGACAGGCAGAAACUGGAAGUAAAGAGAAGCAGCCAAGAUGAGGAGGAUGCACGCAUGGUCCUGAAAAAGCAGCUCGAUGCAACGGCUUCAUCUAGAGAAACGACAAUAAGGGAAGGAGAAUUGGAGAGAAAACCCCCGAGGAAGGAGAUGCUUAAAAGGGAAUCUAAAAAACCCAAACUGGAAAGACUUAUUCCUGUUACUAGCCCCAAAGAAAUUCAGGAGACUCUUAACGUCGGUGGGACUGGCAUGCGUCCCAGCCUCGACCUGCAGGCGAGGCUCAUCGAGGCAGCUGAGGAACCAGUGGAAGUUCAGGAACUCCCUUCUAAGAAACUGAACCCGCUAAAAACCCAGCAUAAACAGGUACAGCUGCUGGAUGAGCAAGGGACAGAGAAAGAGGACGCCAGGAAGAACUACUCUGGUCUUCCCGAAGACACAACUGACCAUAAACUUGGGCAAGAGAAGCCUCAGUCAGCAGACACCGAGGAGAAAAUUGGCAUUGACAUUGACCACACGCAGAGCUACAGGAAACAAAUGGAGCAAAGCCGGCGGUUAAAGCAGCAGCUGGAGAUGGAGAUAGCAAAGUCUGAGAAGUUCGGCAGCCCAAAGAAAGACGUGGACGAAUACGAAAGGCGGAGCUUGGUCCACGAGGUGGGGAAACCUCCGCAAGACGUCACCGACGACUCGCCACCGAGUAAAAGGAAAAAGACUGACCAGUUUGACUUCGAAAUUAGCACUAAAAGAGAAAGAAACUACAGAAGUUCUCGUCAGGUGAGUGAAGACUCCGAAAGGACGUCCUGCUCCCCUAGCAUCAGGCACUUCCCUUUCCACGAAGACGACGACACGCUCGAUUCUCCGAGGCUGGUGCCGUUAAAGGAAACCAAAGAGUCACCCAAAAUAGAGGAAAAGGGUCUUUCGUACUCCAACAUGUCUGUGAGGGAGGACUCGCUCAAGUUCAAUCCUUACGACUCCAGCAGAAGGGAGCAGAUGGCAGAAAUGGCUAAAAUAAAACUCUCUGUGCUGAGUUCUGAAGACGACUCGAGUAGGUGGGAGACACAAGUGAAGCAGGAGCCUGGUAGAGUGGAUAUCAGCUUUCCAAGCAGCAUUGUCAAGAGAGACAGCAUACGGAAGAGGUCUGUGCGGGACCUGGAGCCCGGGGAGGUGCCUUCAGACUCGGAUGACGACGGGGAAAACAAGCCCCAUUCCCCAAAAGCCUCAUCCUUGUUAGAGAGCUCCAGGUUGUCUUUUUUAUUAAGAGACAGAGAAGAGAAGUUACGUGAAAGAGAGGAAAGACUGUCGAGUUCCUUAGAGAGGAACAAGUUUUACUCUUUUGCAUUGGACAAGACAAUCACACCAGACACCAAGGCCUUGCUUGAAAGAGCUAAAUCUCUCUCCUCAUCCAGAGAAGAAAACUGGUCCUUUCUAGACUGGGAUUCAAGAUUUGCUAGUUUUAGAAACAAUAAAGACAAAGAGAAGGUCGACUCUGCUCCGAGACCUAUUCCAUCUUGGUAUAUGAAAAAGAAGAAGAUCAGGACCGAUUCGGAAGGUGGGAAACUGGAUGAUAAGAAAGAAGAUCAUAAAGAAGAGGAACAAGAGAGACAGGAGCUGUUUGCUUCCCGUUUUUUACACAGUUCAAUCUUUGAACAGGACUCUAAGCGCCUGCAGCAUUUAGAGAGGAAAGAUGAUGACCUCGACUUCAUUUCUGGGAGGUUGUACGGGAGACAGUCUUCCUCUGACGGGACUAACAGCGCGGCUGAUUUGGUGCAAGAGCCGGUGGUUCUCUUCCACAGCCGGUUUAUCGAGCUGACGCGAAUGCAGCAGAAAGAAAAGGAGAAAGAUCAGAAACCAAAAGAAGCAGAGAAACAGGAAGAUAAAGAAAACAGGCCGAAAACACCAGAAACGGUUCCUGACGGUAAAGAACCAGAACAUAAAGCUUCCUCAGCGGUUGGUCCCUCUUCGGUUUCUGUCCUACAACAGGAACCGGCGCCGGUCGCUCCCGAGAAGGUAACGAACGAAAAGGUAGUGGUGGAACCAGCUUCUGUGAAAGAAGAAAAACCAUCUGAACCUGCCUCUGCAACAGAGGAACAAAAACCUUUUCCUGAACUUGCUGCCUUCGUCAAAGUGGAGCCAGCCGAGCAAACCGAACCCCCACCAGUCGUAGAAGCCGGUAAAGAAGUUGUCGCUACCAUCCUGGCACCAGAGGAAGAUGCUGUGACAACGGAGCAUCCUUCCUACUUGGACACCAAGCCUCCAACUCCUGGGGCUUCGUUCUCCCAAGGGGACAUCAGUGUAGACCCAGAACCUGAAGCUGCCCAGUUGAUUCCACCACCGGCCAAACUGGUUCAGAAGUCCGACGAGGCUGCCGAGCCUAAAGAGGACAAUCCUCUGCCUUCUGCCAACACCGACGCUGGCGCGAGUCAGAAGGUGGAGGCAGCUGCUGAGGCCUUGCCACCCGUUUCUGACAACGACAUGGAAGUCGAGGCUCCCAUCGUUGUCAAAGACAAAAAGUCCUACAAGAGCAAACGCUCCAAGACUCCCGUGCAGUCGGCUGCAGCCGCCGUGACGGAAAAGCCCGUCACGAGGAAGAGCGAAAGAAUCGACCGUGAGAAACUCAAAAGGUCGAGCUCUCCUCGUGGGGAGAUGCAGAAGCUUCCCGAACCAAAAGCGGAAGCGGAGAAGGUCUCGAGGAACGCUGCUAAAUCCCCCAGUUCUGCUGCAGAGACAGAGAACGUGGAGCCGAGCUUGCCAAUAGGCCGGACCAGGCGCAGGAACGUGCGGUCGGUCUACGCUACCACGGGGGACAAUGAAGGCCCAUCUCCGGUGAAGGACUCCGUGGAGGUCACUAGAUCCACCAGGAAGAGAGGGGAAAAGGAACCACAGGAAACUGUGACAACUGUUCCUACGACCCCGAGGAGGGGAAGACCUCCGAAAACACGCCGUAAGCCGGAGGAGGACAUCUCUCCAAUAAAGGCAGAACCGGUACAGCAAGAGGCGGAGGAGGCUGAAACUAAAGAUGCCGUGGAAGCUCCUAAGCCUGCAGAAGGCUGGAGGUCUCCUAGAUCCCAGAAGGUAACACACAGUCACUCAUCAGCUACUGCCAGCCAGCAGGGAAAGAAGGGGAAGAACGAAGCGAAAGCCGAUACUUCGGUUGAAUGUGAAGAUGCUGGUGAAAGAAGCGGCCAGGAGCCGAGCCUCGGUGACAACGGCAAAGCAAAAGCUGCCGAGAAAGAGCCGGCGGCCAGCGAGCAGAAACGUGAUCGGAAAGAGCUGGACGUGGAGAAAAACCAGCUGGAAUUCCCCACGGUCGAGAUCACGGAGAAGAAACCGGCGCCGGAAAAGGUGACGAAAUCCAAAAGGGGAAGGUAUAAAAACACCAAAGCGGUGGUAGAUAAAGCGUCCGUGUGUCUGAAAAGCGUGGAAAUCCGCCUCAACGUGGACGAAGUGAAGGGCGCCCUGCGGCCCGCCGACGACGAGGCGGAGCCGGUGGCGGUGUCGCCGCCCAAGAUGAAGAGCCCUCCGAAAGAGGACGUCUUGCCACCCCACUUUGCUAAGAGUGAGGUGGAAGAUUCGUUCCCAGAAACGGAGAAAGAGGUGUUGCGGGAGCCAAAGCCAUCCCCCGAAGCCGCCCAGCUGGCGAAGCAGAUCGAGCUGGAGCAGGCCGUGGAGAACAUCGCGAAACUCACCGAGACUCCUCCCUCCAUCGCUGCCUACAAAGAGCCGCCGGCAGACGUGGCCGAGGUCCGUCAGGAGGAGGAAGGGGAUAAACCCGCGCAUCAGGCGAGCGAAACGGAGCUGGCGGCGGCCAUCGGCUCCAUCAUCAAUGACAUCUCUGGGGAGACAGAGAGCUUUCCCGCGCCCCCGACGUACCCGGCGGAGGCGGAGGCCGAAAUCCCGGCAGAGCCCUUGGUGUUACCGUCUCCUCGGGAGGAGAUGGAGCCCGAGACUGACCAGGCGGUGAACAACAUCUUAGAAACGGAGGCAGCCGUCGAGCCAGCGGUGCAGGCGGUUCCCGGCGCCGCCCCGGCCAUGGUGGAGGCGGACAGCAAGGAGGCCGACGUCAGCUUCAGCGAGUCUUCCAACUCUGCCCAGGAGGCCGAGACCUCGCAGGAGGCUGAAGUGGCUCGGAAGGAGAAAGGCCGUCAGAAGAACACGCGGCAGAGGCGCAAGAGGAGCACGGGCAGGAAGGGCGACGUCGCUGAAGUGGCCACCUUUGAGCCGGAGAGGGUGCAGAGCAAGUCACCCCCCGCCAGCGAAGUGAAGGCAAAACCCGACGAAGCCUCGAAGGAGGAAAAGCAGCCGAAAAGUGCUGCGCAGGCACCCGCGGAGCCGAGCGCUGCCAACGCCGGCAAGGCCGCGGCCGCUGAUGUGGCGACGCACGAGGCGGUCCCUGAGAGCAGCUCCCCUCCCAGAGCGCCCGCUCCCGCCCCUCUGGACCUGGCUGCCCCACCGCUGCCCCUGGACGAGGGGAGCCAGAGCGGGUUCAAGAUCCGUUCGCCCAUGGAGAACGCGCCCGUCACGCCGCCGAGCGCGGCCCUUCCCACCAUCCCUGCGGCGGCGGCCAAGCUGCCCACCCUGGUGCCCGCCGCCAUCGUCCCCCUUCACUCCGGCGCUGCCAAGGUGCCAGAGUGGAUGGUCCGGCAUGAGGAGCCCCGUGCGCACUCCACGCCGCCGCCCGCCCUCCCGCCGGACACGAAGGCGUCGGAUAUCGACACCAACUCCAGCACUUUGAGGAAGAUCCUGAUGGAGCCCAAGUACGUCUCGGCGACUGGCAUCACGUCCACGCACGUGACGACGGCGCACGCCGAGCCCGUGAGCGCGCCCUGUCUGGAGGAGAUCCCGCUGCAGCCCGCCGUGGAGGCCGCCAGGCCGGUGUCGGAGGAGAAGUCGGCGGUUCCCGUCGCCAACGCCUUGGAGCCACCGGGGGCCGAAGCACCGGCGUUCGGCGAGAAGGAGAAGAAAAGUACAGUGAUUGCUCCGAAAGCCACUUCUGUGAUAAGCAGGAUGCCUCACAGCGUGGAUCUGGAGGAGGCUCCCAGGAUCACCUUGGUGAAGCAAGCUCCUCAAACCCAGACGUGUCUCGUCAACGCCCCCUCACCCAAAUUUAAGCAGAGGUCAAACACGAAUGACAACAGCAGGUUUCACCCGGGAUCGAUGUCUAUUAUCGAGGAGAGGCCCGUGGAGACCGGGUCCAGUCCGGGGCUGCGGGUAAACACCUCAGAGGGCGUAGUGCUGCUGAGUUACUCGGGGCAGAAGACGGAAGGCCCGCAGCGGAUCAGUGCCAAGAUCAGCCAGAUUCCCCCAGCCAGCGCCGUGGACAUCGAGUUUCAGCAGUCCGUGUCCAAGUCCCAGAUCAAACAGGAGCCCAUCACGCCGUCUCAGCCGACGCCGAAAGGCUCCCAGGCCUCGGCAGCCUACGGGACUGUUUCCACCCAUUCCUCUCUGGUGCUGGGGACACAACCUUACAACACGCCGCCCGUCAUCUCCUCCAUUAAACAAGAGCGUGCGGCGCUGGAGAAACCCGACUCGUCCCACCUCUCUGUCCAGCCCCCGGCGUCUCAGCCCGGGAAGGUCGUCACGCAGACCGUAAACACUCCGCCUGUACUCGUCCAUAACCAGAUGGUUGUGAACAAGAAACUGUCCGAUCCAGCUGCUCUGAAAGCGGAGACCAAGGCUCUGCAACCCUCCAACUUGAGUCCUGGGGUGAGUCCUCACCACCCCUCCCUCUCUGGGAAAAUGCAUUCGGAAGCAAACCACGUCAGCUCAGGGCCCAGCACCCCCACCGACCGGGCUCUUUCCCACUUGGGGGUCAGCAAGCAGGAGCCUCACUCUCCCCGCACCAGCGGGCACUCGCCGUCGCCGUUCCCCCGCGCCUGCCACCCCGGCAGCACCUCGUCCCCGGCUCUGUCGAGCAGCGCCCCGGUGAUGCUGGCGCCGGGCAUCCCCGUUCCUCAGUACAUCUCCAGCAUGCACCCCGAGCAGUCCGUCAUCAUGCCCCCUCACAGCGUAACGCAGACUGUGUCCCUGGGCCACCUGUCCCAAGGCGAGGUGAGGAUGAACACCCCUCCUCUCUCCAGCAUCCCUUACGGCAUCCGCCCCGAAGCGCUCCACUCCCCCAGAGCUGCUCUGCAACCCCAGAUGGAGAUCAAACCCCAGCGAUCCAGCACGCCCCAACCGGCUCCCAUCCGAGACAUAGUCAUGCCUCCUCUGUCCUCUCAGCAUCCCCCCGAGGAGGACAUGCACUACCACCACAGCACGGUGUGCCGAGGGCCGGCCCCCGUCCAGUCCGACGUGCUGGUGAUGCAGCCGGAUUACCGCAUGCACCCCGCCGGCAUCAGGCUGGACCAGUACAACGUUCCCCGGGACGUCAGGAUGAUCAUGCACCCUCACAUGGCCGCCGUGGGCGAGCACCACUCGGAAACCAGACAAUCCCGGACGCCCGAGGGGGCCGUCAAGACUCCCCCCAUCAGUAAAACCCCGCAGCCCGGAAAAGAGACGCCGAAAUCCAGCGAAGGCAAGAUGGCACAUUCCCCUCACAGCGAGCCCCGGCUCCUGAGCGUGCCCUCAGGCAGCCAGCUGCCAGGGCUGCCUCUGACACAGCCCGUGGUGGUACCACACGGGGUACAGAUCAUGCACCCCGCGGGGAGCUCCUUCCACGAUUACCGCUCGGUCUACGGCGACAUGAGGAACUACCACACGGCACAGCUCGGGCACCCGCAGUUCCCGGGGGCCUCUCCCAUCGGGCUGCCUUCCCGGAGCAUGACCCCGUCCCAGGGUCUGCCAGAGGGCGAACACUCACACCCCAGCCAGCCAGUACGCAGCAAGACUCCUCAGAUCCCCCAGGAUCCCAAGGGCCCGCCGGCAGCAGGCCCUGAGCAGAGUCACCACCCCACUGUAAACAGGCACCCGGCGCAGAUGGACCCUCACGUCCACCUUCAGAGGGCACAAGCCGACACGGGCCAGACCUCCUACCCCUCCCCCGUCGCCAUCUCCAUGAAACAGGAGCUUCCGUCACCCCACCAGCCUCAGGCGGUCCCCAAGCAAUCCAUCUUCAUCCCCACCACCUCGGGGCCGCCCCUCAGUCGCCCCGAGCCGCAGUCUGCUCUCAAACAGGAGCCCUCUCCUCACCCCGUUUCGCAGAGACCCGUGGAUAUGGUUCAGCUGCUGACGAAAUACCCCAUUGUCUGGCAGGGCCUUUUGGCUCUGAAGAACGACACGGCGGCCGUGCAGCUCCACUUCGUGUCGGGGAACAACGUGCUGGCGCAUCGGUCGCUGCCGGCGCCCGAGGGAGGGCCCCCGCUGCGCAUCGCCCAGCGCAUGCGGCUCGAGGCCUCGCAGCUGGAGGGCGUCGCGCGCAGGAUGAUGGUGGAGAGUGAUUACUGCCUGCUACUGGCCCUGCCCUGUGGCCGAGACCAGGAAGACGUGGUGAAUCAGACAGAGUCUCUGAAGGCUGCCUUCAUCAGCUACCUGCAGGCCAAGCAAGCUGCAGGGAUCAUCAACGUCCCCAACCCCGGCUCCAACCAGCCUGCCUACGUUCUGCAGAUCUUCCCACCCUGUGAGUUCUCCGAGAGCCACCUCUCUCGCCUUGCCCCGGAUCUCCUCGCCAGCAUCUCCAACAUCUCUCCUCACCUGAUGAUUGUCAUCGCCUCGGUCUGAGCUCUUCACCCCCACUGACUGACGCUGAGGUUUCCAGUUUCCUUGUUUGAUUUUAUUUGAUCCUUUGUGUUUUGUUUUUUUCCAAGGCCCUGCAGCAAAAAAACAACCACAACAAAACAAAACCCCACAACCACACACACACACACACACACAGAGAGAUAACUGAUGUUAAAGUUUAAAAGAUCCAUAGAAACAAGAGCGAGAGAAAGGAAAUGAAACAAGAAAAUGCUGCCAGACGUACCAGCCUCCUGCCCUGACUGGCCUCGAUCAAACUGUCACUGGGCAGGGCUCCUCCUGCCCUGGAUGUUUACAUAUUGCUUUAGCUUAUGGACAACUGAUGCACUCAGCAGGUUGGACUGGUGAGGGGGUUCUGUGCCUCCUUUUUUGGGGAAAAAAAAUAAGAAACACAAAGAAAAAAAGACAAAAAAACAAAGAAAGGAUGGCUUAUUUUUUUUAACAAAGGAGAAAAAAAAAACAGAAACAAAAAAAACACCAAAAAAAGAAAAAAAAAGGAAAAAAAAAACCCAACCCAAUAAUAAAAAAGAACCUUGAACUGCCUUUGCACUAAGUGAGUGACUGGGACCUUUGCACAGUUGGAGACACGCUGUGACGUUCUGGAUUGUCCUGACACACGUCCCGGGCGCCGUGGACUCCCCUGGGGACUCCCUCAAGGAGCAUUUCACACACCAUCUCCUGGCUUUUUCUUUUGUUGGUUGGAUUUUCUCCGUGGUUAUUUUCUUCCCCAGGGUG